AUGCUUGAGGAAGUGGGAAUUCCUGAACCUACAAAAGAUAGUGGAUGCAAAUUAGUGAUAACAACUCGUUCACAAGAUGUAUGUCGUUUCAUGGGUUGUAAAAUAGUGAAAGUGAGGUGUCUCUCGGAUGAUGAGGCAUUGACGUUAUUCAUUAAUAAAGUGGAACGUAAAAUUGUUGAAGUUCCAGCUUUGAAAGACAUUGUGAAACUUGUGGUUGAACAAUGUGCUGGCGUACCCCUUGCAAUUGUUGCAAUAGCUUGUUGCAUGAGGGGAGAAUAUGACAUUUGUGAAUGGAGGAAUGCAGUGGAAGAUUUGUCUAAAAGCAUACAAAGUGUCAAAGGCAUGGAAACAAAUGUACUGGGGCAAUUACAGUUCAGUUAUGAUCGCUUGAAGAGUAAAACGGUGCAACAUUGUUUCCUAUAUUGUGCACUAUAUCCCGAAGAUUUCCAAAUCCCGAAAGAGGAGUUAAUAGAUUAUUGGAUUGCAGAAGAACUUGUGGAGGAAAGGGGUAGUAUUCAAGCAACAUACGAUGGGGGUUAUUCUAUAUUGAAUAGACUUGUAAACAAUUGCUUGUUGGAGACUACUGAUGAUGGAAGGUGUGUAAAGAUGCAUGAUCUUAUAAGAGACAUGGCAUUGUACAUUACAAGCAUAAGUCCUUUAUUCAUGGUAAAAGCUGGAAAGAAAUUGCAAGAAUUACCAAGGGAACAAGAAUGGAAAGAGAAUCUUGAAAAGGCUUCAUUAAUGAUGAAUGACAUAUCAGAAAUUCCUCCAAAUAUGUCACCAAAUUGUCAAGCUCUUUCAACUUUGCUUCUACAAGAAAAUAUUCAUUUAAAGGACAUUCCUAAGUCUUUUUUUGUAAGGAUGCAAGGCUUGACGAUUCUCAAUCUUUCCUUUACAAAUAUCGAGAAGUUGCCAGAUUCUAUCUCUCAUUUGACGAAUCUCAAAGCAUUGUUGCUUCAAUAUUGUGAGGGUUUAAAGCAUGUUCCUUGUUUAGCAAAGUUGGCGUGUCUUCAGAAUUUGAACCUUGAGGGAACUUGA